AUGACUGAUGCGCUUGUUGGGCUCGACAACCUCACCGCCGUCAUUCGCACCGAGGCCGAGACGCUGGCUGCCUUUGUGGUCUCCUCAACAUAUGCCUCCGCAACGACUGGACUAGACUCGCGUGCCGCCAAAAACGUAGAUGGGCCCGACAAGGUAGGAUCCACAUCGCAGAGGAAGAAAGACGACGAGGAGACAGGAUUGUGGACUGUGACGGUUGGCAGCGAGCGAGGAUGGUGGGGUACCACGCUCUCGCCUGCGUCCCUUCAAAAGCUUCUCGAUCGACACCGUCACACACUCCAAGACCAUCCUGGCGAAACACACCGCGACAAGUUAGCCUCCAAGAUCAGCAACGCAUUUGCACGGCAGCGCAUCUUAUGUGGCGUUCCACGCUCCUGGCAGAACAACACCGCAUGGCCUUCGAUCCGACUCUACUUUGACGCCGAUACGUCGCCGAUCCACCUCGACCUCGAGCAACUCUCCCCCGAAGCAGCCCUUUUCCACAGUACACGUGUUUCACUGUUCGCCAAGCCUCCCUCGCCCUCGGCUUCUGGAAGCUCGUUUGCACAGCAUCAACUGCAGCGUAAACUCGAAGCGACGCAGCAAGCGUUGCGGGAAGAGCGGCACAAGUAUCGCUCGCUUCUCGCUGCACCCUCGGCGGCGGGCGGACGACACGGAAAACGACCCGUGGUCGGGCUUGGAUCCAGCCAGCGCUCGAGUGCGUUGCCCUCGUCAUCGCCCAGCUCGGGCUCGAGAAGCUACGGCCCAAAUGCGCCCAGCUCGGACGAUACAAGCACAGUCUCGAGCCAGCCAAACAGGAGAGGGUGGCAGAGAACGCUAUCGCUCGUCAACCCCACGCGCGUCCAGAGAGCCUACCCGAGCGAAAACGAUGACUUUGUAGGCGAUGACGACGACGGCGGCGAGCUCGACAUGUAG